AUGGGUCUGGUCAAUGGAUCGUCAGACUAUGAACCAGUCGAUGGAUUCGAGGCCCCGGAUGUUCCUUCCCGGAUGUACCAAUACAGCCCAGACGGAAGAUUCUUUGCCUAUGCGCUCCCUACGUGUGUACGAAUCUAUCAGGCCGAAGGCGCCGUUCUGCUCCAUGAGCUCUCUUUCCCCAACAUAAUUGAGCUCAACUUCUCACCACGAGGGACAUACCUCUCGACUUGGGAGCGUCCGAUCAAACUUGAGGACGGCGCUCAACACAAAAACCUUCGGAUUUUCUCUACGUCGACUGGGGACGAGCUCAUCGCCUUCUCUCAGAAGCCCGCGGAAGUUUGGGAUCUGCAGUACAACAUCAUCGAAUCACACGCCAUCCGACUCAUUGGGCAGGAGAUUCAGGUUUUCAGGCCGUCGGAUUGGGGGCAGGGUGUUGUGGAUAAGUUGAGGGUCGAAGGGGCAGCAAGCGUCACACUGAGUCCAGGUUUGAAUCCCUCGAUGGCGGUGUUCAUACCGGAGAAGAAUGGGGCCCCUGCCAGCGUCAGAAUCUACUCGCUCCUAGACCUCUUGGCCCCACCAACUUGCCAAAAGAAUUUUUUCAAGGCGGAGAAGUGCCAGAUCAAGUGGAACACGCUCGGAACUUCCGUUCUCGUCCUCACACAUACUGACGUGGACAACACCAACAAAAGUUACUACGGGCAGACGGGAUUGUACAUGCUCAGUGCUACUGGCAAAUUCGACUGCAGAGUAUCCCUUGACAAAGAAGGUCCAAUUCACGAUUUUGCAUGGAGUCCGAACUCAAAAGAGUUUGGUGUGGUUUACGGUUUCAUGCCAGCAAAGGCUAUGCUGUUUGAUCAACAUGUCCGAACGCUGCAUGAUUUCGGUAGCUCUUUCUACAAUUUCAUCUCCUUCAACCCUCACUCUCGUCUCAUCGCUCUCGCUGGCUUUGGAAACCUUGCUGGCACAUGCGAUAUCUUUGACCGUCGUUCGCUCACGAAACUCUCUACCAUUGAUGCGUCGAACACAUCCUACUGCGAGUGGUCCCCGGAUGGCAAGUUCCUCCUCACUGCGACGCUCAGCCCGCGGUUACGUGUCGAUAAUGGGAUCAAGGUCUGGUACAUCCUUGGACAGCUCAUUCACGUACAAAUGUGCGAUGAAUUGUACCAGGCGAACUGGCGGCCCACGCCUGUCGACAUCGCUCCUCAGUUCCCCCAAGCCAUUCCCCCUGCGCCAGCUCCUUCCGCCAAUGCAAUUGCGCACGCUGCAGUGGCCAAGCCGACGCCAUCGAAGACGGCCGGAGCAUACCGCCCGCCAGGCCUCCGAGGGCAAGUCGCGUCUCUAGUCUACAAACGAGAAGAUGAGAAUGGGUCGCCGGGACGUACGCCGAAUGGCAGCGGCGCCGCCACCCCCAACCGCCCCGGGCGUAGUUCCGCCCCGCACACGAACGGCCGGAAGCAUGUUCCCGGGGCGCCAGCGUCGCCGUCGCCUGGUCCUGACUCGGACAAGAGGCGGAAGCGGAAAGGUCUGAAGGGGGCGGCGAGGGAUGCGGCAACGAGGGAAGGGACAAAGAACGGUGCUGAGGCCGCGUCUUCUGGAGAGGCGAACGCCAAUGGGCGCACGUUGCAAGUGCCUGUUGCGGUGGAGGAGACGCCUGUUCCACUCACUCCUGGUGCGGACAGCGCCGCAUUGGAUCCAGUCCAUAAGAAGAUCAGAAAUCUGAAUAAGAAACUGAAAGCUAUCGAGGAGCUCAAGGAGAAGGCGCAGAAUGGCGAUCGCCUCGAAGCGACUCAGCUCAAAAAGAUUGAGAGCGAGGCAGAGAUCAAGAAGGAACUUGCGACCCUUACUGCGUCUUCGUAACAGGCCUUGCUCUGACACAAUUUACUCGGGGUGAUUUCUUUUUUGUUGUCAACGGCUAUUGUUAGUCUCGAUUCUCGGUUUGUGUCUAGAUCGUAAUUGUUGUUUUUGUCCUCGAUACCUAUUAGCCGUCAGUGGUGCUGUAUUGUUGUUCUUAUUUGCGACGUACGCUAAGAGCACAAAUGUUUAACAU